UCCACUGGCUUUCCACGACCUUUUACUUAUAUACUUCCAAACAAAGUGUAAAGCGAAGUUAGCGCAAAAGGCGACUCUAUUUUUUUCCCGCCGUUUAGCGUUCUAGAUAUAACCAUUCCCGUCGCCUUCUCUCGCACCCUUCUCUAUAAUUCAAAACCCCCUCUCAAAAGCCCUAACUCUUCGCAUUCCUUCAAUUGAUCAGUCUCUUAAUCAGUAAUCGAAACCUAAAAGACUUUCAUUUUCUUGAAACGACAAUGGAGCUCCGCUCUCGUAAAAAACUUCCUAAACCCUUAAUCGGGAAUGAGCGAGAGGAAACUGAUGGAAAUGAAGUUGAAGAUAAUAAACUUUAUACCAAUGACGGUCACUCUGAUGACGAAUUGUAUAUAGUUUCUUCCAAUGACGAGAGUGAAGAAGAUAGUGUUCUGGCUUCUACUGAUGCUGAUAAUGCGGAGUCUUCCAUGAAAAGAAGUAUGGGAGAAGCAGAGCCAGAUAAUGGACAACCGGUGGUUCAGUUACCAAAUGCACCUCAAAUUAAUAUUGUUCAAGAGAGAAAGAAGCGACGCUAUUCCUCAAAAAGGAAAAGGAAUAAAGUUAUAUUAUUGUGGAAAAUUUGGGAGGAAGAGAAUGAAAGAUGGAUUGAUGAUCAUCUAACUGAAGACGUUGAUAUUGAUCAUCAGCAUGGAAUUGUGACUGAAACGGCUGAGCCACCGGCAGAGUUGAUAAUGCCUUUGUUAAGGUAUCAAAAAGAAUGGUUAGCCUGGGCUUUGAAACAGGAGGAGUCAUCGACCAAGGGUGGAAUUCUUGCAGAUGAGAUGGGAAUGGGUAAGACCAUUCAAGCAAUUGCCCUUGUGCUUGCCAAGCGAGAAAUCCUCCGGCAAAACCGUGAAUCCAAUGGAGCUACAUUGUUACCAGGUUCAUCCAUUGAUCCGAGUGGAAUCAAACCCACACUUGUAGUCUGUCCUGUGGUUGCUGUGACACAGUGGGUAAAAGAAAUUGAUCGUUUUACUACAGAAGGAAGCACCAAGGUGCUUGUUUAUCAUGGGGCGAAUAGAGAAAAGAGUUCUAAACAUUUCUUAGGUUUUGAUUUUGUAAUAACAACAUAUAGUACUGUUGAGGCAGAAUUCAGAAAAUACAUGAUGCCACCUAAGGACAAAUGUGCUUACUGUGGGAAGUCAUUUUAUGAAAACAAGCUUGCUACUCACUUGAAAUAUUUUUGUGGGCCCGAUGCCUUUAGAACUGCAAAGCAGUCUAAGCAAGACAGGAAAAAGCUGAAAACAUCACCUACGGAGAAAGCGCGAUCUGACGAGAGUCCUAAAAUUCAGGAUGAUGUUGAUGUAAUAAGUGGUAGGACAUAUCGGAAACGGCAUGCGGCUAUGGAGAUUUCUGAAGUCGAACUAGCCUUGCGUAAAGAGAAAUCAGUUCUGCAUUCUAUGAAGUGGGAUCGUAUUAUUUUGGAUGAGGCUCAUUAUGUGAAAGAUAAACGCUGUAAUACUGCAAAAGCCAUUUUUGCUUUAGAAUCUUCAUAUAAAUGGGCUCUAAGUGGCACUCCCCUUCAAAAUCGAGUUGGAGAACUUUAUUCUCUGGUCCGCUUUUUGCAAAUAGUCCCAUACUCUUUUUAUUUGUGCAAGGAUUGUGAUUGCCGAAUACUUGACUAUAGGCCAUCGACGCAAUGUUCGAGCUGCCCUCAUAGUUCUGUAAGACAUUUUUGUUGGUGGAAUAAAUAUGUUGCUAAACCAAUACAAGGUUAUGGAACUAAAGAUAUUGGAAAAAGAGCGAUGCUAUUGCUGACACACAAAGUUUUAAGAAACAUAGUGCUGAGACGUACCAAAAAAGGCAGGGCUGCUGAUCUUGCUCUUCCGCCUAGGAUGGUUAUGUUGAGGCGUGAUACUUUGGAUGUUAAAGAAGAAGAUUAUUAUCAGUCUUUAUACAAUGAAAGCCAGGCACAAUUUAAUACAUAUGUCCAGGCUGGAACUUUGAUGAAUAACUAUGCACACAUAUUUGACCUUCUCACUCGUUUGCGGCAGGCAGUUGAUCAUCCCUACCUUGUAGUAUAUUCUAAAACUCCACCACAGAGAGGAGGAAACUUGUUUGAUACUGAUAAUGAGCAAGUCUGUGACAUUUGCCAUGAUCCAGCUGAAGAUCCUGUGGUUACCUCCUGUUCCCAUGUCUUUUGCAAGGCCUGUCUGCUUGAUUUCUCUGCUUCCUUGGGACGAGUCUCAUGCCCUACCUGUUAUAGUUUACUUACUGUUGAUUUGACAACAAAAACAGAUGCUGGAGAUCAGACUGCUAAAACUACAAUUAUGGGCUUUAAAUCUUCUAGUAUUCUUAACAGAAUACAGUUAAAUGAUUUUCAGACAAGCACAAAGAUAGAGGCAUUGAGGGAAGAAAUUAGGUUUAUGGUUGAAAGGGAUGGUUCUGCAAAAGGAAUUGUUUUUAGCCAGUUUACAUCAUUUUUGGAUCUCAUAAGCUACUCUCUCCAUAAGUCUGGUAUAAAUUGUGUUCAAUUAGUGGGAAGCAUGUCUUUACCUGCAAGAGAUAAUGCUAUCAAGAGAUUUAGUGAGGAUCCAAAUUGCAAAAUCUUCUUAAUGAGUUUGAAAGCUGGAGGUGUUGCUCUCAAUCUGACAGUAGCAUCACAUGUUUUCUUGAUGGAUCCUUGGUGGAAUCCAGCUGUGGAGCGGCAAGCACAAGAUAGAAUACAUCGAAUUGGGCAGUAUAAACCAAUCAGAAUUGUGAGAUUCGUUAUUGAGAACACAAUUGAGGAGAGGAUUUUGCAGCUGCAAGAGAAAAAGGAAUUAGUGUUUGAAGGGACUCUGGGUGGCAGCUCAGAGGCCUUAGGGAAAUUGACAGCGGAAGAUAUGCAAUUUCUAUUCAUCACUUAGAAGGGUUCUUAAAGGGAGAGCCUGAAAGCAGGUAGUUGUUCAUAAUUUUGUAACUGAUCAGAGCAUAGUUACCUCUAGGAAAACAAAAACUGCUUCCUUGUAUCUCAGCAUUUACAUUUGACAGAUGAUUUUGCACAUGUAUCAGAACUGCCGUUUUUCCUAACUGGGCCACCUAUAUAAGAUUUUAUACUAGAUAGAGUACUAUUCGUAUAUAUAUACAUAUCUGUGAUUUUGUAUAAA